AUGGAAGAUCUUACCUGGUUAAAUGCUCAAAUAGAGCAGAUAACACGAGAUGAGCCUCGACGAACGAUAGUGGUCUUCACACACUUCAGCCCAACGAUGCUUAGUGCGGCCAAUGAUCCCAAGAAGCUUGAAGAUUCCAAUCAAGUCAGGUCUGCGUUUGUCACAGAUCUUUCUGACCAGAUAUGUUGGACGAGUUCAAGUGUCAGGCUCUGGGCGUUUGGGCAUACGCACUACAACUGCGAUUUUGUGGAAGAAGGAACGGAGAAACGAAUUGUGGCAAAUCAGAAGGGCUACAAAAGGAGUGAGGUAAACACUUUCGAUGUGGCGAAGGUGGUUGACAUUGAGAUUGUUGAAAAGCUGUCUCAAAGUACUUUGGGCAAUGCAGCAAAAUUUGAAACAUAUGCUAAGGUUUCUGAGUCUCUUAAAAAGGUGCGCAGGCUGCUCGAUCGUUGGUUGUCGUAA